UUCGGGUUUCUUUUGUUACUUCGAUGACGACGUCGACCAGCAGCAGUGGUAUCGCAGAAGUUAGGAUGAAGAAGCCUUGCCGGCGGCCUUUGGCUGGCGCAGCAGUCUCGCUUGCAGUUGCCCUGUUGCUCGUUUGUGCAGCUGCAUCUGGUCAAGCAGCAGCCGAUGCAUUCAGACACCGGCGCGCCAACGAACCCACUGCACCACCGAGGAACCCGACCACUACACCAACGCCCAAUGGCGGGUUUACAGUGUACUGGGAUGCCCCCGACUCCACCACGACCAACGGCGCCAUCACGGGCUACGUCGUGCGCAUCCGCCCCACCGCCCCGCAGCCACGGACGUGGGCAUACGGCAACGUCACCCUCAACGCCACGGACGUAACCGUGUCUGCCGCUACCCUCUCGUACACCCUGGUUGAUGAGCUUGCCUAUCCAUUCUCAGGCUACAGCGUCGGCAUUGCUGCCCAAAACGCGCAAGGCCUCGGCCCCUUUGCCAUGCUCUCCAUUGACGCGUCCGGCAUAGUCCCGCCCGGCCAGCCGCGCUCCGUGACGACCUCCCUGCCUGUUGUGGACCCGUCGACGUACCCGCCGAAUGCUGACGAAAUUAUUGUUGGCUGGGCUGUGCCUGCGGGCAUCUGGUUCCGCAAUGCGCCCGUCCUCGGCUUUGACCUCGUGGCCACGCCCGUGCCGGGCAGCACCACGGACGAAGUGGUGACCGUUCGCUUUCCUGUGCAGUGGCAGGACGGCGACUCGCCCGAUGAGCAGUUCACGGCGUCCAUCACGGGCCUCACCCCAAACACGGAGUACGUGGUGCGCGUGUACACGAUUGGCCUGGACGGUGACCGCAGUACGGGCUCGUUUAUGACCACGGAGAAGACACGCCCACACCUGCCCACGGUUGCACCGACGGGCCUCAGCGUGGACGACACAUCUGCCACUGCCUUCAACCUCUCCUGGAGCGCCAUGAGCGCCAGCACACCGGGCAGCAACGGCGACAUCGUGGGCUACCGGAUCUACCACGUGCCCUCCGCCGACCGCGGCUGUACUAACAUGGCCUGCCCGCCGCCAUCUCCCUGCCAGGAGGAGCCAACCUGUGAGUUUGGCGAGUGUAUGUACACCAACAAGCCCGACAACAUCACGUGCGACGAUGGCAACAAGGACACCAUCCGUGAUCACUGUGUGGCGGGCGCGUGCGUUGGGGAGCUCAUCAACCAGCACAUGGACCAAACACCUCCCGUCGUCCAUUUGUCCAUGAGCUCGCAGUCGCACGGCGGCGGGUACAUGCCGCGGCUCAGGCAGUUCUUCUAUCCGUCGUGGAGCGGCAGCACCAUCUACCGCCAUGACCGCGACGGCACCUACCUGUACACGUUCAGCGUCAGCGGCACGUCCAACAUCAUGCAGCUGUGGGGCGAACCAGACUCGCUGUACUACUACACCGCCAACUGGAACAACCAAUACUGUCGCAAGAUUGGGCCCUUCCCGAGCACGAGUGUCGUUUGGACUUACACCCCGCAGCCAGCGACCACGGUUGGUGGCGUUGCAACGGACAGCAAGUAUGCGUACUGCAUCCAGAACAGCCGCUCAACUGUGCACGUGGUCGACAAGAUGACCGGGGCGUUCGUGCGCACGUUUGACCUGACUGGUGGCGGCAUCGGUAGUCUCUACGGCGCGUUUGCUGUUGCCAACGACAAGGUCUAUUACGGCACUGGCCAGUACUUCUACCGCCACAACCUGGCAGACGGCAGCUUUGAUGGCUUCAGAUUCCAGACACGUGAGACAAUUUACAGCAUGGCAUUCACUGGUCAGCACCUCUGCGUCAGUCAGAACAACGACAACGUCAACUGCUACCAGGUGUUGUCGCAUAACAUCUGGCACAGCGAUGAUGAGCCCGCAGUCCUUGACACGGUGUCCACGUUCCAGUCGCGCUCCAUGAACACGCGGUCGUACGGCGGCGGGUACAUGCCGAUGCUUCGCCAGUACUGGUACCCGUCGUGGAGUGGCAGCACCAUCUACCGUUACGACGUGCAGGGUCGCUCGUUUGGGCUGUCAACAUUUACGUCUGUGAACGGCGUUCGCCCCAUCCGCCAGGUGUGGGGAUCGCCCGACUCGCCCCACUACUACCUGGCAGCCAGCAACUACAUCUACAAGGCGACGUGGCCGCAGAACCAGCUGGUGUGGUCGUACAACCUGGGCACGACGGCUGGCGGCGUCACCACGCACGGCGCCAGCGUGUACGCAAUGAAGGCGUCAGGAUCUACCGUAUAUGUGCUGCGUGCCCGUGAUGGCGUGUUGGAGCGAUCGUUUGAUCUCGACACGACGAGUGGCAGCAGCUUCAGCACUAUGUAUGGCAGCCUCGUCGCCGUCCAGGGCAAGCUGUACCACGCACACGGCUCCACGCGCAGGUUUUACAGGUACGAUCUGGACACGGGUGCCUACGAUGGCAUGUUUUUCAACGUGGCCUACAACAUCUACACGAUGGCGUUCAACGGGCGGGACAUCUGCGUGAGUGACGGCGACUCAAACGUGCGCUGCUACCAGAUUCUGGAGCGAAACGUGUACGACAACCCUACACGCGGCAGCCCACCGCUGAUCGUCGGCUCAAAGAUCCUCAACGCGUACAUGAACGCACAGCUCUCUGACCUUCUGCCGUCGUCGCACUACUUUGCUCGCUGCUAUUCCGGCACCGUCGAUGGCUGGAGCUCAGCGACCUUCCACAGCCGCUGCGACAACAAGGGCCCCACGCUUACCAUUGGUCGCAACAGGGACACGGGCCGAGUGUUUGGCGGCUUUACUCACGUCGCUUGGACCAGCAGCUCAACGUACCGCACGGACUAUUUGGCCUUCCUCUUCCGCUUCAAUGGCGAACAAGUUGAGCGCACGGAUCAGGACCUCUCGUCUCCCGGCAACGCCGUGUACCACAGGAACUCCUACUGCCCGACAUUCGGCGGUGGACACGACCUUCGCUUCUACUCCAACUGCCAGCGCGUGUCUUUCAAUCCCUCCAGCUAUCGAAUUGAUAGUGGUGGCUAUUCCAACUCCUGGGCUGGCGGCUCAAGCAACAUCUAUGUCGAUGAGAUUGAGGUGUUUUCCAUCACCGGAGACUCGUACGAUCCGUGUGAUGGUGUUGUAUGCCAAACGAACCCGUGCACCCCCACCAACGUGUGCCAACUUGGUGUGUGCGUGCCCACGACCAUCCCCGACGGCACCCCCUGCGACGAUGGCGACACCACGACGGCGUUUGACGCGUGUGUCGCUGGCCAGUGCGUGGGUGCUGCGCGCUACUCCAACACGUCCUCCUUCACCCUCGACGACCUCCACCCCGGACGCACCUACGCCGUGCAGGUGCAGGCGUACACAAGCAUUGGCGGUGGCCCCCUCAGCGAUGCCGUUCACAGCACCACACGCGAGGCGCCACCAACAUCGGGUCCCGUGGAUGUUGCAGCACGCCUCAUCUCUGCCAGGGCCAUGGAAGUGACGUGGGCAGAACCGCCGCUGCCCACACACCAAGGGCGCUUGCUGGGAUACCAGGUGUUUGUCCAGUCUGCCGACCGUCCGGCCGAAUUGGUGGCCACCCUCAACUACUUCACCUUCACCGUCACGAACUUGCAGCCGUACAGCAACCACACCAUCUUCGUCACCACCUACAACAGCGCUGGCGCCUCUCCGCCCUCUCAAAGCAUCACCGUUCAGACGCCAGAGGCGCCGCCCGGCCCGCCGUCCAACGUGCAGGCUGAUGAGGAGCUGUCUGACAACGGCGAAGUGAUAACCAUCAGCUGGCAGCCGCCGUACGAACCCAACGGCGUCGUUACCAAGUACACCGUCUACUACCAGAAGCUUGGUGCCACGUGGAACUCUGUGACCACGUCCAGUGGCAGCCAGCAGUCGGUUGAGAUUGAUGGCCUGGACCCCAUCUCCACCUAUCUUGUGCAAGUGUCUGCGUGGACGUCAGCUGGCGAGGGCGAGCGCAGCAACACCAUCGCGCCCACCACCGGUCAGGGCAUUCCCCGCACACCGCCUGACAACGUCAACGCCAACGCACUCAACAAAACGGCCAUCAAGGUGACGUAUGAGCUGCCGCCGUCGGAUGAGGGCGAAGUCAUCGCGUACAGCAUCUACUUCAUGCCAGAGUUGCGGCCGCAAUCGUGUGAUGACCUUUCCUGCGCAGCGCGCAGUCAGUGCCAUCAGGAGGGCGAGUGCAUCUACGAUCCAUAUUAUGGGCCAAUGUGCACGCAGCCGGUGAAACUCGAUGGAGCCCCUUGUAACGAUGGCGACGACACUACGCAGCUCGACGUGUGUGUGGCGGGUGUGUGCCGGGGUGGCCUGCCCAUCGCCACGCCACUGGACACGGUUGCACUCAACUACUCGGGAUCGUUCCCCUCGAGCUCUUACGGAAUGGCGUACAGUCCACGACGACAUGAGUGGUGGUUCCCCAUUUACACCACCACCUCAAACCCGGGGACAACCGUGCACAGAUACGCUGCGACGGAUUUGUCGACACGGAUCGGCUCAUUUCGCAUUCCCAUCGCAUAUGUGUUUCAGAUCUGGCCGCACAUUGACGACACGUACCUCGUCAGCACGUACUCGCAAAAUCGCGUCUACCGCUUCGGGCCAUUCCCACUGAGCACGCAAAUCUGGAACUACAACUUUGGGACAACGGUGGGCGGUGUUGCCAUGUACGACGGCGCUGUCUACGCCAUGCAGAGCAACAGCCUCAACAUUCGCGUGCUCGACUGGGAAACUGGCGCAUAUCAACGCGCAUUCACCCUGAAGAGCUCCCCACAGACCUUCUCCAACAUGUACGGCACAUUCGCCGUCGCCAACGGGAAAAUCUUUGCCGGAGACUACGAUGAUACCAAUAUGUACAGGUAUGACCUUGCAACGGAGACCUACGACAACGUGUUUUGGACGACGAGCACCAGCACGCGCAAGCUGGCGUUUGACGGGCAGAACAUCUGCACCAGCACCACAUCAACGCCCGUGGAGUGCUGGCAAGUGUUUGACCGCAACAUCUACGGAAACCGCGCCGUGCUGUCUGCUCGUCCGACCCUUCCGUCCAUUGUGGGCUCUGAGAUCUUGAGCAAGGAGAUGAACCUGGCCAUCUCCAAGGAGGUGUCGCCCAACAGCGAUUCGAGCUUCAAGCUUUGCUUCCGCGCAUCCGACCACGGCUUCUCCGGCUCCACCUUCCACUCGCGCUGCGACAACAAGGGCCAGACAGUCGUUGUUGUCCGUUCGACAGAGGGCAGCCCACAGGGCCCGCGCGUGUUUGGCGCCUUUGCCCCCAACAGCUGGCGCUCCGACACGUCCACGUGGCUGCAGAGCAAUGAUGCCUUCCUCUUCCGCUUUGUCAACAACGGCCAAUUCGAGCGCACAGAUCUCCUGUCCCAGCCGCAAUAUGCGCAGUACACACGUUCAGGCUACUGCCCUGAGUUUGGGGCGUCCGACUUCCGCAUGUCAACGGACUGCCGAACGGCCAACACCCAAACCAACUCGUACACGGUGCAUGAGAGCAUCGACUCCUACAGCAACACCUGGUUGGCCGGUUCGCUCAACGCGUGGGAGGUGGACGACAUGGAGGUGUUUUAUCGCGUCACCGAAGCGCCAGAUGCGUGUGCUGAUGUGACAUGUGAUCCACCGAUGGGUCAGUGCAAACUGCCCGGCCGCUGCGUCAGCGGCGAGUGCGUCUAUGAUGUCGCCCCGAAUGGCACCCCAUGCAACGACGGCGACGAUGCGACCGUAUUUGACGCGUGCCAGGACGACGUCUGCAUCGGCCGCCAUCCCGUCAUCACGGAGGACAACCAGCACACGUUCACUGGCCUCGAUCCGUACACCACCUACGCCUUCCGUGUGGCUGCCCGCACCGUCCGCGGUCAGGGCCCGGCCUCUGACGCCGUGCGCGCUCGCACCCUCUCCGGCACCCCAACAGGUCCACCCCAGGAUGUGGUGGCGCGAGCGGCAGCAACGACCGUGUUGCACAUCACGUGGAAGCAGCCGCUGUUUGGCGAGCGCCACGGCACCAUCUCAUCGUACAAGCUGUGGGUGCAGCGCCUGAACAGCAUGCGCCAACCAGCGGGCACACCCUGGACCAUCGUCACAGGCAACGAUCCCACCAACUUCAACCUCACAAGCCUCGACGCAUACACAUACUACCAGGUCAAGGUGGCUGCCUCCACCAUUGAUGGCCUGGGUCCGUACAGCGAUGCGUCGAUUGCUCGAACAGCAGAGGGAACACCACCCGUUGCACCCACGAACGUGCAGGUGGACAGCACAACAACCGAGACUGUCACGCUGAGCUGGGACCCAAUCAGCCCGCUCCAGGCUGAUGGCAUCCUCAUUGGCUACACCAUCUCUGUGCGUCAGGGACCAAGGACCGACUGCACACGCCACCCCGCCAGCAUCGACGUUGUCUACAUCGACACACCACGUGUUGAGACCUACACCGUGCUUGAGUUGGAGGACACUGCCGUGUAUCCGUACGAGUUCCAGGUUGCAGCCCGCACUGCUGCUGGCGAGGGCGUAUACUCUGCACCAGCGCUGCACAUGACGAACGGCGGGUCACAGGUGUGCUCCGGUCCGUCCGUGUGGACAUCAGACGUCACCAGCACAUCCGCCAACGUGUGGGUGAAGCCACCACCAACGGUUGAGCUUAACGGCAACACCAUUGCCACCAUCAACGUGACCGUCACGGCCGUCGAGGACUCCAACCGCCGCCCCAUCACCGGCGCAACACCGGCAUGGCUCGUGUUCUCUGCUGCUGAUGGCUUCAACGCCAGCCAGGCGCUGUCUGGGCUCGACGCGUACACGGUGUACAACGUGGAGGCCGUGGUCAUCACCACGACUGGCGUGUCUUCGCCGACGUCUGCUCCCUACACGUUCCGCACCGCCGAAGCGACGCCCGGUGCUGUGGGCUCGCUCAUUGCACAGGAGGUUGGCGACGUGGUGAAGGUGCUGUGGACGCCGCCAUCGCCCGCAAACGGCAUCCUGUACUAUCGUGCACACAUAGAGCCGAGCAUCGUGAACGCCAGCAGUGUCAUUACCACGCCCACGCAGAACUGCACAUUUUCAGGCCUGCUCUCAGGCACGACGUACACGGUGAACGUGGUUGCGCUGACGGGCGCGGGUGCUGGUCCGCUGCGCCAAGUCGUCGUCACGACAGUCCCCGCCGACGUGGCGGCGCCCAUCAUCACGCUUCAAUCCGCAGCAGAGACAGAGCUGCGGCUCAAGGCCACUUGGACCAGCCCACUCACUGCCUUCCACCUCCAAUACAAGGCAGAGGGGGACUCGAAGUUUACGUCAAAGCAGACAUUCCCCGUGUCCCGCAGCAAUCGUGAGACCACGUUCACCCUCUCUUCGCUGGAGCAUGCCACGUCCUACACCAUUCGCGUUCAGGCCGACACUGACGAAGGCCUCGGUCUCACUGCUCAGUUCCAGUUUGACACCGCUGUUCGCCCGCCAGCCCCACCGCAGGCAGUCGUGACGUCUGUGAUCAACAGCACACACGUGCGCGUGUCGUGGACGCCCGUGCUGGCUGAGCGCCGGCUGGCCGCCGUGACUGGGUAUCAGGUGGUUGUGCAGCAGAACAAUGUGCUCCUACCACCCAUUGAUGUUGGGCUUGCCACGUCGCACGUCAUCGGUGGACUGCUGCCGCUGCGCCGCUAUGGUGCCGCUGUGUAUGCGCGCAACAGCGGUGGGGAUGGUCGACUCAGUGCGGUUGCCGACUUCACGAUGCCCGCGACGGAGUGCGGUGAAGGCGAGUACGAAGCUAUCCCUCCGACGAGUGACACCGAUCGCCAGUGUGCAAAGUGCACCGCGUGCGGCGCUGGGGAGUACGAGGUUGCGUCAUGCACGCGCACGAGCGAUGUCGUGUGUCAGCGGUGUCGGGGCGGAUGUGGUGCCGGGGAAUGGGUGUCGUCGCCGUGCACGGCCGAUGCCGACACGGAGUGCUCGCCAUGUACCACCUGUGGCAGCGAUCAGCUCACGGCUGCAGCGUGCACCGAAUACUCCGACGCCAUCUGUGUCCCGCUCACCACCACGACGACGACGACAACGACAACGACGACCACCACGACGUCUCCGACCACCACGGUCCCGUGCCACCCGACGUGCGCCACGUGCGCUGGCGAGGCAGCUGAUGAGUGCCUGUCGUGCUAUGGCAGCUACAGCGUGUACCUUGGGCGCUGCGUGCCAUCGUGCCCCGCCUCCACAUACACGGAGAGCGGUCAGUGUUUGACAUGCCCCGCCACGUGCGACAUCUGUACGAGUGCUGACCUGUGCAUCACGUGCCGUCGCGGGUACUUCCGUUCCAACGGCGCUUGUGUCAGCAGCUGCCCCGCUGGCUCGUACGCUGACACCAACUUCGGUUCAUGCGUACCAUGCACCACUGGUUGCGCCACAUGCAAUGCUGGUGGCUGCACCCAGUGCGCUGGCACCAAGCUGCUCCUGCCAACCGGCGACGCAUGCGUGGACGCGUGCCCGGACCAGUACUUUGCAUCCACCACGACGCUGGGCGCACGCGAAUGCAAGAUGUGCGACCCAUCAUGCAGGGCGUGCUCUGGCACCCUGCCGACACAGUGCACGGCCUGCUUUGGUGGGGACGAGCUGGUUAAUGGCCGCUGCGUGCAGGCGCGCGACGGCAGAACAACCACCACCAAUACUGACAGCAACAACGCCAACGACAAUGCGGCCACGACCACGCGUGACCCGUCCGCCUCGCAGUCUGGAUCGGGCGGCAACAGCGCGGCCACCAGCCCGCUCGUGUUCGUCGCUGUCGGUGUUGGUGUCAUCAUUGCGGUUGCCAUGAUCAUCAUCGUCGUUGUGCUCAAGCGCCACUACAGCGGCCACCACGUCCUCCCUGCCACCGGUAGCGCUGCGGGCAGCGCCCAUGCCAAGGACGACGACCGACGGCGCCUGGACGUGCGCACGAUGACCAACCCCGCGUAUCUGAUCAACGACCCGUCGUGGGUGCAGAGCAGGCCAUCAUGGGCCGCAAAUACGGCGGCGAACGAGUCGAAGCCCGAGGAGGAAGGUCUGUACGAAGACCACACCAUCUACGAAUCACCGGAUCGUGAUGAAUAUUUGACAGUGACACCCGACACGGAGCUUUCACCGGCACCGCGGCGCCAGGGCAACUAACGAAAAGCAAUCACAUGUGUGCGUGUGUGAUUUGUUCUGUGCUUUGCGCUGCCGUCCUUCGAUUCUCAUCACAGGUUUCUUCCUCGUUCGCAGCGCAUGUGUCGGUCUUGUGAGGUGCCUUACUACAAGCGCAUGCUGUUUCGCCCAAUAUGCUUGCUGCAUCGCGCACUGUUUUGCUUUGUCGCUUUCCCCAGUUCAACAUAUCCUCCUCCGUGUUCACCUGCACCUCGUGCAAUUGCACGUCAUCGUUCAUCAUUUGCCAUGAUUGUCAUCACGACGACUGCCGUCACCAUCACCAACAUGUGUCGUUGUCCUCAUCGUUGUCAUUCUCCUUGCUACCACGACAUCGUCACCAUCAGCAUCACCAUCAUACGGCC